AUGGCGGAACGCUAUAUUCCCGAGCAUCGCCGGACGCAGUUCAAGGCCAAGAACCAGUUCCGCCCCGAUGAGCUCCGUCGCCGCCGCGAGGAGCAGCAAAUCGAGAUUCGCAAGCAGAAGCGCGAGGAGGGUCUUGCUAAGCGACGUGGUAUUGUGACUCGCGAUGGAGGAAUUGGCGUUGGUGGUAGCAUGGCUGCCGCCACUGAGAGUGAUGAUGAGGCCAGUGCUAUCGAGAGCGAGCUUAACGUCGAGCUCCCUUUGAUGGUGAAGGGUGUCUUCUCCGAUUCCGUCGAGGACCAGAUCAGCUCCACCACUCGUUUCCGCAAGCUGCUCUCCAAGGAGCGCAACCCUCCCAUCGAGCGUGUUAUUGAGACCGGUGUCGUUAGCCGAUUCGUCGAGUUCCUCCGUUCCCCCCACACUCUGGUCCAAUUCGAAGCUGCCUGGGCCCUCACAAACAUUGCUAGCGGUAGUGCUACUCAGACUCAAGUUGUGAUCUCCGCUGGUGCUGUGCCCAUCUUCGUCGAGCUCCUCGCUAGCCCGGAGCCCGAUGUUCGCGAGCAGGCCGUUUGGGCCCUCGGAAACAUUGCUGGUGACAGUCCUCACUGCCGCGAUUUCGUUUUGGGUGCUGGUGCCCUGCGCCCUCUCCUAAACCUCAUCAACGAUGGCCGUAAGCUGAGCAUGCUCCGCAACGCGACCUGGACCCUUAGCAACUUCUGCCGUGGCAAGACCCCCCAGCCUGACUGGAACACUAUUGCCCCCGCUCUGCCCGUGCUCGCCAAGCUUAUCUACAUGCUGGAUGAUGAGGUGCUGAUCGAUGCUUGCUGGGCCAUCUCUUACCUCUCCGACGGUAGCAACGACAAGAUCCAGGCUGUCAUCGAGGCGGGUAUUCCUCGUCGCCUCGUGGAGCUUCUCAUGCAUGCCUCCACCUCCGUUCAGACUCCCGCCCUCCGCUCGGUUGGCAACAUUGUCACCGGUGACGAUGUUCAGACCCAGGUCAUCAUCAACUGCGGCUCCCUCCCCGCUUUGCUUUCUCUUCUGAGCUCUACCAAGGACGGCAUUCGCAAGGAGGCUUGUUGGACUAUUUCCAACAUCACCGCCGGAAACUCCAGUCAGAUUCAGGCCGUCAUCGACGCUGGCAUCAUUGCCCCUCUUAUCAACCUUUUGGCCAACGGUGAUUUCAAGACCCGCAAGGAGGCUUGCUGGGCGAUCUCCAACGCCACCUCUGGUGGUCUCCAGAAGCCUGAGCAGAUCCGCUACCUUGUUUCUCAAGGCUGUAUCAAGCCCCUUUGCGAUCUGCUUGCUUGCCCCGACAACAAGAUCAUCCAGGUUGCUCUGGACGGCCUGGAGAACAUCCUGAAGGUCGGUGAGAUGGACAAGGAGGCUGGCCAGGGUGACGCCCGUGUUAACCGCUACGCUCUCUUCAUUGAGGAGGCUGGUGGUAUGGAGAAGAUCCACGACUGCCAGAACAACGCCAACGAGGAGAUCUACAUGAAGGCUUACAACAUCAUCGAGAAGUACUUCUCUGAUGAGGAUGAGGCCGCUGGUGAGAUCGACGAGCUGGCUCCUCAGCAGACCCAGGCUGGCUUCACUCUCGGCACUGGCCAGCAGCAGCCUGCCGGCGGAUUCAACUUCGCCAGCGGUGCUGACUCCAUGGAUAUGUAA